GAUAAGCUGCGUUCCAUUGACUCAUGUAAUACUCAGUGAUGUAUUCCGUAUAACGGUCUCCGACACAGUCUCGCGCCAUUCAUCACUGCGACCAUGGCUGUAAGCCGAGCGCUUUGCCAGUCCUCAAAACUUCAUCCGACACGACAUAGUCACGGGACACAUACGACUGCCGUUUCCCGCUCUGUCGUUUCCGCGGCAUCUUUGCUACCAUGUUGUGCCGCUGCGAGCAGCAGCGGACGUAAUGCCGCAGCAUCAGGCAACAGCAACGGCAAGCCAGAUACACCCUUGGUAACGCCAUCUCUAAUCAUCCCACCACCGUCCACCGGCAGCCAGUACGGAAACAACCGCACGCUCGACCCGCCGCCUCCCUUCAGCGGCAGGGGUGGAGGCGACGCGACGUCCGGCGGCGGCGGCGGCCGUCCCACGGGUGAUGAGGGGGGGCGUGCAGCGGGUAGAGGCAGCGGCAGGAGCAGCGGCGGCGGCAGGGGGCGCGGCGGCGGAGGUUGGGAUGGAGGCCGCGGCAGGUUUGGUGGUGGGCCAGGCGGCGGCUUCCCCGGUGACCGGCGCUUCGGCAUGUGGUUGCCUCGGCUGCUGGCGGCGAUUCAGCUGAUGUGCUGGACCUCCGUGCUCGUCAUGUUCGCCCGGUCGGUGGUGAGGACAUGCACGAAGCUGGCGAACAAGGCGUGGAACGUCAGCAGAGGCAGAGGGGCUGCGGGCGAAGGUGCCCAGAGGCAGACAGCGGGACAAGGGGAGGUGCAAAGGCGGCGGGAGGGGGUGCAACAGCAUCAGCCGCCGCAGCAGGGGGGAUUGCAGCAGCAGGAGGAGGCGGGUAGCGGUGCGCGUGUAGAUCAGGAGGAGACGAUUGCGGCGGGAGGGCGGAAGGAGGCAGAAGCAGAGGGCGCUGUUGGGGAGCCACUAAACAGCCCCAUCGGGGCGCCUAAGGGGCUGACAGCAGCAGCAGCUGCAACGGCAAUGACUGGCAUGGGGGUGGAGGCUUCCGUUGUGGGUGCAGAGCCAGAUGCAGCUUCAGGAGCAACCACAUCGUCCAGCACGGCCUCGCUUGCAGCAGCAGCAGCAGCCCCAGCGGAGCAGGAGGAGGCGGGGGCGAGGGCGCAUGCUGCGGGGCCGCAACCCACAAGCAGCAGCGGCAGCUGCUGCAGUGGGGUUGCUGGGACGUCUGCAGGCACAGCUGGUGAUGCCUCAGGCACGCCCGAGUCCGGUCCCUCCCAGCAACAACAGCAACAAGAACAGCAGGGGGAGCUGCCUUUGCAGGAGUCCAUGAAAGUGCAGGAACCGCAGCAGCAGCAGCAGCAAACCGGGAGCCCUCCUUUCGCACGACACAAGGGCUCUCGAUCCAAGAACCUGUCCACGUUUGCGGCUGCCGCUCUGGCGUUGGGCACUGCCGGGCUCGCCUCCUCGAUUUAGAAAGGAUCCAAGGUCCAGAAUUCGUAGGAUGUGCCGCGACUAGGAUUAGGAGUAGCGCAGGAGGUUAGGCGGCUUGCUGGAGGAGUCCUUUGUAGUGAUUGGAAGGAGAAGUAAUGACGUGUGAAGUAGUGGUUCGGAGGGUUGGUGCUUUAGGUGGCAGGAGGGUGUAGCCGGCUGCCAGGUUGGUGCUUGGAGAGAACUUCCCAGCUGACGGCGACGAUGGCCGUAGCCCGCUUGCCUGCAACUGGUUUGCUGUAAUUCGCUGUAAACGUUACAAAAGGA